CUGAUUUAAUGAAGUGUCCUUGUAGCUUGGAUGAAGAUGGCCAAAACAGUGAGUUAGAUGAUCAUUUUUCUAAGGGCGUCGAAUCCAUUGAUGGGUUUGGAGAAAACAAUGCUGCAGUUUCCAUGGAGGAUAUGAGAAGAAGAAUGAUCUGUAUGAGUGAAGAUAAUAACCCUGGUGAAGGUUUUCUCAAUGGGAAGGAUGUUGAGCUGUCAAAGGUUUGUGCAAGAGGGCAUUGGAAACCAGCUGAGGACUCUAAACUCAAGGAACUUGUUGCACUUUAUGGACCUCAAAACUGGAACCUUAUAGCUGAGAGGCUGCAAGGAAGAACAGGUAAAAGCUGUAGAUUAAGGUGGUUUAAUCAACUUGACCCCAGGAUCAACAAAAAGGCUUUUACUGAAGAGGAAGAAGAGAGGCUGAUGGCAGCUCAUAGAGCAUAUGGUAACAAAUGGGCCAUGAUUGCUAGGCUUUUCCAUGGAAGAACUGAUAAUGCUGUCAAAAACCAUUGGCAUGUUAUAAUGGCUAGGAAAUACAGGGAGCAGGCUAGUGCCUAUAGAAGGAGAAAGCUAAGUCAAGGUGUUCAAAGAAAGUUGGAAGAAAAUGGGAACUUUGACUGCAGAGAGGCAGCCAAUGGCAACGUCACAAACCCCUCUAGCAACCCAUUUUUAGCUUCAUCUGUUGGGUCUAAUGGCUCUAAUUACAACAAGACUUCGGGGAAAGAAGCUGCCGCAACAAGUGGUAGAGAUUUGUUUCCUGGGUCUAAAAGCUACUACUCUUUCUCUGCUGGGGAAGGAAUUUGUAAAAAUCAGAGACCCUUAGAUUUCUUUUCUGAUGAUUACAGGAGCCAAGAAGGUUUAAUUAGCCGGAACAGUAGGCAAUGGAAUGUGCUCCAAGAAGAAACAAGCUUGACUGUUUCGCAUCCCUGUUCUCAUCCUUCACAAAUGUUAUUGCAACAAUCAAGUAACCAUCAACUAUUUGGUUUCUCAGACUCCAUAGCGUCAGCAUCUCAAUUCACAGUCACUGAACCAUCAUCACCAUCACCAUCAGCUGCAGAGAACACAGUAGGAAGCCAUUUUGAGACUAGUACCCCAUCAUCACCACCUUUCAUAGAUUUUCUUGGAGUAGGAGCUUAA